CAUCGUCUGCAGCCGGUUGCGUUCAAACUUGGCGCCUCCGCCUCGCGCAGACCCCGGCCGUUGAUCCCCGGCGCAGGCGCACUGGCUCCGCAGCGCCAUGGCGGACGAGUGAAGCCCCUUGGCCGUGAAGUGUGAAGCCCGGGGAUCGUUGCCCGUUCUCCCGGCUUUCGUUGUUUUGACGGCGAAGAGCGGCCUAUUUCUCGCCCACGCCCUCCGGAGAAAAGACGUGGCCCUGACCCGCGCCGGCAUGGACGGCAAGGCGCCUGCAGACGGCAUCGCGGCGCCUCUGCCAGGAAGAUGCGGCUACUUCGUGGCGAUGAAAAAUAGAUAUUGCAAAAUGACCGUCGCCGAGGGGAAGCUGUUCUGUGGGGAACAUGCAAAUGCAGCACCACAUCGCGACGGUGAAAGCCAACGGAAAAGAAUACCAUGCCCACUUGACCCAAAGCAUACCGUUGAUGAAGAUAAAUUAGAAAAGCAUCUGAAAAAGUGUAAUUCAAGGGAAAAACCAAAACCUAUCUAUUAUAGUAAAAGUAUCAAUGGAGGCUAUGCAGAUGGAUUGGACAUGGCCAAACAACAGGUUUCUAUUUGUGCUUUGUCCAAAGAAGAAUUGGAGAAUAUGAUAAGCAAGCUGCUAAAAGCAACCAACAGUUUGGAUUCGCAGCUAACUGACCAAACAUCGACCCACAGAAUAUUGGAGGAAGCUCUGAAUGAUCCGAGAAAUGGAGAAUGUGCCUUUAAACAUUUGAAGCAGAAGGCUUCACUUGCUGGUAAUUUGGAAAGAUUGGGAUUGCUGGGCUCAAACAGAUGUUUUGUCGAGUUUGGUGCUGGUCGAGGAAAAUUGUCUCAUUGGAUAGAUCUUGCUUUGCAAGACGCCAAGAAUGCUCAUUUUCUCCUUGUGGAAAGAGCCGCCACUCGUUUCAAGGUUGAUGGUAAACACAAACGCCAGGGCUCAACAUUUGAGCGGCUUCAAAUUGACAUAGAAGAUCUCAACCUAAGUAAUGUGCCUCUUCUUGCACGAGAAAAACUGCCAGUGGUUGGAAUUGGCAAGCAUUUGUGUGGAGCUGCAACAGAUCUUGCUCUGAGAUGUAUACUAAGUUGUUAUAAAACAGAACAGGAAGAUUCUGACAAGGAACCACUGAACAAAAGGUUGAAGAGUGAAAUGGGAACCACAAAGGAUUACUCAAUGAACCUUUCUAACGAUACUGUAUUAAUGACUCCAAAUGAACCAUCAGUCCUUGGUAUUGCUAUUGCACUGUGUUGUCAUCACCGGUGUGAGUGGAAGCAUUAUGUGGGCAAAGAAUUCUUCUCCUCACAAGGUCUUACGGCGGAGGAUUUUGAGAUCUUUCAACGUUUAUCAAGCUGGGCCACCUGUGGCAUGAAAAGGCAGCCUAUUGACAACGAACAUUGGAAAGGGAAUCUGGAAGAGCACAACUUUGAGAAAAACUCUACUUAUGAAGGAACGCUGACCACGGGGGAACGAGAACACGUGGGACACCUGUGCAAGCGGUUGAUAGACCAAGGUCGCAUUUGGUAUUUGCAGCAGCAAGGAUUUGAUUCUGCUGUGCAGUAUUACACUAGUCCCAGCGUCUCACUGGAAAAUGUCCUGCUUACAGCUAUUCCCUCUCCAACAAUUCAACAAACUGAGGACUGUUAAGUAAGAUUCAUUGGUCAUCGAAGAGUUGUGAACUAUCAGCAACAGUGUGUUUUAUUUGUUAUCUAGGCAGUAUUCCUUGUUUCUGCCGCUUAUAGUGACAAGAAUAAAAUGCAGGUGUGGAGUGUU